CUUUUUCUUCCGACCAAUCAGAUGAGGUGUUGUCAUGCUUGAACGUGCUUUCACGUUUUACUCGAGUUCGAGUUUGUUGAGGAGAUGCGGUGUAUGUUUUGGUUCUACGAAGCUGAGUUCAUCAUAAUAAUCAAUUAAUUGCAAUCGUUCUUGCAACAUUGUAAAAAGCAGUUCUAAACUGCUAUUUUUCUUCUCUAUGCUCAUGAUCUAUUUCCCUGCGCGCAUACGACAGACAGAGGAGCGUUUAUUAAUCCUGCUGUAGGACUGACUCAUUGCUGCCAGCGUUUAACAGUUAGGUCAAACAACCGACUAAUAUGAACGAGUCACUCAGAAAAACGAAUCAUGACUCUCGAGUCAGGUAAAAGAGUCGUUUAAAAAGAACGAAUCGUUAGCGAACUGCAUGUCACUGCGAACCAUCGAGAGGACGAUGGACUAAAAACCAUCGAAAGGGGCAAGACACCGACUGGAAAUGUUCAAGUUCGUCGCAAUAUAUCUAAAUGUAUAUCAUGAACACAGAUAUGAUUCCAAAAUUCGCCUCGAAAGACGAGGAGAUUGACUUCUGGAAGGCUCUUUCCCUCAAGUACAAGAAAAAUUGCCAGGAGGCCCAGGAGGAGCUGCUGGAGUUCCAGGAGGGCAGCAGAGAGCUGGAGGCAGAGCUGGAGACCCAGCUGGGCCAGGCUGAGCACCGCAUGAGAGUCCUGCACUCUGAGAACAGCAGGCUCAAGAACGAGGUGGACUCACUCAAGGACAAACUAGAGCAGCAGUAUGCCCAGAGCUACAAACAGAUCAACAUGCUGGAGGAUGACCUGGGACAGACCCGGGGCAUCAAGGAGCAGCUCCACAAAUACGUGCGGGAGCUAGAGCAGUCCAACGACGACCUGGAAAGAGCUAAGAGGGCUACAAUUGUGUCCCUGGAGGACUUUGAGCAGCGUCUGAACCAGGCUAUCGAGAGGAACGCCUUCCUGGAGAGCGAGUUGGAUGAGAAGGAGUCCCUCCUGGUCUCAGUGCAGAGAUUGAAAGACGAAGCCAGAGACCUGCGUCAGGAGCUCGCCGUCCGAGAGCGAAAUACGGACGUAACCAGGAUGUCGGCGCCCACCUCGCCCACCCAGGAGGACAAUGACAAGAUGGAUUCCUCUGUCCAGGCCUCACGGUCUCUCCCCGCGACGCCGCUUGCAAAGAGUCUUGAAAAUGCCUUCGCCAACCCCACAGAGUUGUCCAAUGGCCUUGGUAACUCACUGACGCCCUCUGCCAGAAUAUCAGCUCUCAACAUCGUCAGUGACUUGCUACGGAAAGUGGGGGCUCUGGAGUCUAAGCUGACAGCCUGCAGGAACUUUGCCAAGGACCAGAAAGCCAGGAAGUCUUAUGCCGUCACGGAGAACGGGAACGUGAUCAACGGCAACACAGCCAAGUUCUCCCAUACACUCCACACGACGUCGUCAUACUACGACAAAACCAGGGCGGUGAAUGGCCUGGACCCUGGCACGCUGACAGCCGUCACAGCACCCCCCGCUCCCUCCCCUCCUGACCUACUGCCCCUCAUUGUGUGACAGUGACAGACAGUACCCCUGCCAAGCCCCUCCCCACAACACCUUCCUCCUCCCUUCUGCCAAUGGACAAGGCUAUGUCUUAAAACAGAAAACAUUGUGUUGACUUUCAAAUGAGUCCAAACAAGUGAGGACAUAAAAAUGGCCAGCACUAUUAAACACUUUUCGCAUACUGUAA